AUGGUGGGAUCAAGUGCAUCAGAGUUUCUCUUCCUCUCAGUCAAUCAGAGCAUCACCAUGAUGGGUAAGGCGUGGCUGAUCGUCAUGCUCUUCCUCCGCGUUUUACUGCUCCUUUUCGCUGGUUUCCCUUUGUACCAGGACGAACAGGACCGCUUCGUCUGCAACACCAUCCAACCGGGCUGCGCUAACGUAUGCUACGACAACUUCUCUCCCAUCUCACUCUUUCGCUUUUGGCUCGUACAACUCAUCACCCUCUGUCUACCAAUCACUAUUUUCAUCAUUUACGUCAUCCAUAAAGCCACCAACGCGCUCCAUGUCGAUCAGAAAACCUAUGAACUCAACAUGCAACGGUUGAACAUGAAAUUUACUGGAGCAUACUUUUUGCAUCUUGUAUUUCGGACAUUAUUAGAAGCGGGAUUCGGUGUGGCGCAUUAUUAUCUCUUCGGUUUUUACAUUCCAAGGAGGUUUUUGUGUCAACAUCCGCCAUGCACCACCCAAGUAGACUGCUAUAUUUCUAGACCGACGGAAAAGACGGUUAUGCUAAAUUUCAUGCUAGCAGUCGGAGCACUAUCUAUUUUCCUCAAUGUUUUAGAUUUCUUUUGCGCCAUCAAGCAUUCCGUGAGACAAAACACCAAAAAGAAAGUGUUGGUAGAACGGAUUUAUGAAGAAGAAUGUAUCAUAUCAAAUUCUGUGAAAGCGAAAGAGCAAAAUAUCGCAGAAGUUGAACAUUUUCGAAAACGCCACGGAAGUAAAAGUUCAAGAGGAGGAGAUCCAGCAAAAUUGAAUUCAGAAUCUCGUCCUUGUUCACCAGGAAUUCAGUCUAUAAACACCAACGGAAACAACGGAUAUUCAGCCAAUCAGGAAGAUGUUUUGGAAAGACAAGGAAGUGAGGUCGCCCUAUGUCCACCAGGAACGCCAAGGUCUAUACGUGUCAGUAAGCGCAGUCGACUCAAACCCCCGCCCCCUCCACGACGUGAUAUACCUGGAGAUGUACCUGCUCUGGCUAUAGAUGGUUCCAUAACAACGCCGGUGUGUACCAACAGACUGGGUAAGAGUACUUUGGUGGAGUUAAAUGCAGGACCUGAUGCAAAGCCGAGUGAUGAGGAGAAGAGGUCAGAGUGGGUGUAA